AUGGAAAGCGGACGGCUAACGAGCUUCGUCUCAACUCUGCAGGGUCUCUACUUUUUCUCGGCGCUUUUCGUCCUUUCAGUUUCGGCCAUUAUCCUACUGAUAGCUGUUUCGAUGACGCCGGAAAGGACUUGUAAUAUUACUGGCACAGCUGGAACGGAGCUGGAACGGCGCUGGCACGACACUGGCACGAAUAACUUAGCAGCCUAG